GCAGGCGGCGCGCAGGAGACCGUAGGGGCGGAGGGGCGCUCAGUGCGCCUGCGCGCUUGUGGAGCUGGUGGCGGCGCUCCGCAGGGGCUCGGCUGUUCUCCGCGCGGCGGGCGCGGCCAUGGCGCAGCCGGGGAAGCUGCUCAAGGAGCAGAAGUACGACCGGCAGCUGAGGUUGUGGGGUGAUCAUGGGCAAGAGGCUUUAGAAUCUGCUCAUGUUUGCCUAAUAAACGCAACAGCCACAGGAACUGAAAUUCUUAAAAACUUGGUACUACCAGGUAUUGGUUCGUUUACAGUUAUUGAUGGAAAUCAGGUCAGCGGAGAAGAUGCUGGAAACAAUUUCUUCCUUCAAAGAAGCAGUAUCGGCAAGAACCGAGCUGAAGCUGCCAUGGAAUUCUUACAAGAAUUAAAUAGCGAUGUCUCUGGAAGUUUUGUGGAAGAGAGUCCAGAAAACCUUCUAGACAAUGAUCCUUCAUUUUUCUGUAGGUUUACUGUUGUAGUUGCAACUCAGCUUCCUGAAAGCACUUUACUACGCUUAGCAGAUGUCCUCUGGAAUUCCCAGAUUCCUCUUUUGAUCUGUAGGACAUAUGGACUAGUUGGUUAUAUGAGGAUCAUUAUAAAAGAACAUCCAGUAAUAGAAUCUCAUCCAGAUAAUGCAUUAGAGGAUCUACGACUAGAUAAGCCAUUUCCUGAACUGAGAGAACAUUUUCAGUCCUAUGAUUUGGAUCAUAUGGAAAAAAAGGACCACAGUCAUACUCCAUGGAUUGUGAUCAUAGCUAAAUAUUUAGCACAGUGGCAUAGUGAAACAAAUGGACGAAUACCUAAAACGUAUAAAGAAAAAGAGGACUUCAGAGAUUUGAUUAGACAAGGAAUUCUAAAAAACGAAAAUGGAGCUCCAGAAGAUGAAGAGAAUUUUGAAGAAGCUAUUAAAAAUGUGAACACAGCACUAAAUACAACUCAGAUCCCAAGCAGUAUUGAAGAUAUAUUUAAUGAUGAUCGCUGCAUAAAUAUCACCAAACAGACUCCAUCAUUUUGGAUUUUAGCUCGUGCCUUAAAGGAAUUUGUGGCCAAAGAGGGUCAAGGAAAUUUACCUGUUCGAGGCACGAUUCCUGAUAUGAUUGCAGAUUCAGGCAAAUAUGUAAAACUGCAAAACGUUUACCGUGAAAAAGCAAAGAAAGAUGCUGCUGCUGUGGGUAAUCAUGUUGCCAAAUUGCUGCAGUCCAUUGGCCAGGCACCAGAGUCCAUUUCAGAGAAAGAAUUAAAAUUACUCUGCAGCAAUUCUGCAUUUCUUCGAGUGGUAAGAUGUCGAUCCUUAGCUGAAGAAUAUGGUUUGGAUACAAUUAACAAAGAUGAAAUUAUUUCUAGCAUGGACAAUCCAGAUAAUGAAAUAGUCUUGUACUUAAUGUUACGGGCUGUUGAUAGAUUUCAUAAACAACAUGGUAGAUAUCCAGGGGUAUCUAACUAUCAAGUUGAAGAAGAUAUAGGAAAGUUGAAGUCUUGUCUCACUGGCUUCCUUCAGGAAUAUGGUUUAUCUGUAAUGGUGAAAGAUGAUUAUGUCCAUGAAUUUUGCCGAUAUGGAGCUGCUGAGCCACAUACCAUUGCUGCAUUCUUGGGGGGAGCUGCUGCUCAAGAGGUCAUCAAAAUAAUCACCAAACAAUUUGUAAUUUUUAAUAAUACUUACAUUUACAGUGGCAUGUCACAAACUUCAGCAACUUUCCAGUUGUAGAGUAAGCACCUUAGGUAGUGUGUUAAUGAUUGAAACUGUAAUUGCCUUUGGGUUGUGCUUUAGUCUGUAAAAUUCUAAAGGAGAGCUGCUAAAUUGUUUACUUAAUAAACAUUUUUCUCAUUUGUAA